AUGCGUAAAUUGCGUCCGCGACAAACGCUUUUUUUCAAGCGAGGUCAUGAUGUGACUCAUUCCGAUGUUGGGGAAUUUCUCCAGCCUGCCUCACGCAAUUAUGAGUUGGUGGAUGCGAUGGCUAAGCCCGACGAAUUAUUUCAGGUAACUUGUGCACAAGUGCACCCCUGUGAACAAAACGGGCUUCUCAAGGCUCUUGAGAUGCUUGGAAACCCUGAUGAACCGCGGCUAUAUUUCGUCGUUCCGCCGGAUGUAUACGAGGGAUUUGAAUACCAAGAGUAUCAUACUGUUAAAGGGGGGAAGGGAAAGAUCAUUGAUAAGCGGUUGAAGAAGUUGGAGCAGCAUGUUAUAAAGAUCGACUUUUCUCACAAGAUUCGUUUGACAACGAGAAACGCAUUGAGUCGCAGCAGUUCAUGUCAAAAAGACGAGGAAAUUUCAGGGCAAAGUGGUGCGCCAAAGUGUGCGAAAUCUGGCAGCUCGUAA